CAGGGAAAGCAUUUAAGCAGCAGCCAUUUUGGGCACAAGCAGUGCUUAGACAAGUCAGUCGCUUAGUAGCCGUGAACGCGUUCGCUCGCGUCGCGAAAAAACGAACCACUUGUAUUGUGAAGCGUUGAAGAAGUGUUCAAGAGUUAAAUGAAGUGAAAUGAGCUUUGUUGUGGCAAAGUAAGUAAGAUAUAAAUAACAAAUAGAAAAAUUUACGAAAAAGCAGAUAACCAAGAACAAAACAAAAUUAAAAAUAGCUAAAGCAAAAAAGUAAUCUAAAGAAAUGCGCUAAAUAUUUUAAAAUAUUUGAAAAACUAUUAACUGAACUUCAAAAACGUCCAACUAGGAUAUAAAGGAAAUGCGCGUACACACAGCAGCACAAACGCAUUUACAUAGACUGUUAAGAGGCAAAUGUAAGGCGUUUGAAUGUUUGAAAUACUGAAUAUUUUGCUUACCCAGAAAUGCUAUUUAGGUCAAAACGAACUGGACCAAGCAACACGAGACCAGCGAAGAGCUGAAAAAUAAGUACGCGCGUGUGGAAUAACAAACGGAGGUAAACACGAUAUACGUAGCAGAAAUAACGAGCGGAAAGUAAAAGACGUGAAGUCGUACACUUAAGCAAACAAAAAAAAAAUGAAAACAACAAAUUAAUAAAAAAUAAAAAUACACAUAUUGAUUGAGUGAUAAAAGCGCGAAAUGACAGUUAAAUCAAAUAUCACAACUCAAUUAAACAUAAAAUCAAUAAGCAGUGGCACGCGCGUGGCAGACUAGUGGGAAAAACGAAGAAGAAGAAGCAGCAGCAGCAGCAGCACUAGCGUAGCACUGACAGGCAGCACAGGUGAAAGAGGGACUUCAAAAGCCUAGCGAAUGAAUUCGAUUUUUUUUGUGGGUCAAUGAAAAGUGAAGGUUUCACGCAUAGAAAGACGUGAAACUAAGGAAAUAACAACAAUGCUGUGGCAGCACAUAAUAAUCAUAGUAUUGGAAAAUUAUUAUGCAAAUCACAGCAACAAAAGCAAAGAACGAAAUUCAUUGGUUUGAGUUUUCAUCAAACGCUGAGUAUCCUGAUACGAUAAGAAAACAAGCAAAACAUAGCGAAAUUAUAAGAAAAACAAUAAAGAAAUAAGUAUUGAAAAGACCCAAAGACGAAAGGUACAUUUUUAGAUACAAAAGUAAAUAAGAAAAUAUGCAAGACAUAACAAAAAUUUAAGGAAAAUUUUCAAAUACAAAAACAAAUAAGUAUCGCCAUAAGGCGCAUUUGGUGGGUGUAGAAACUUGAAGGCCGCAAUUACUUGGAGAAACUAAGGAAAAAGUCCAAGAAGAAACCAAAAACCAAAACGAAAUAUAUACAACAAAAAUUCUAAACACAACAACAAUAAUUCCAACCAACAACUCAACUAGUAAAGCGUACCGCAAGUAGCGAGCAUAGUUUAUAAAACAUUGCAAAGUAGUUAAGUAGCAGCAGUUGUUUACUUCACGCAUAACAGCAAAUAAUUUUGUUAACCGUAAAGAAAAAAGCGCAAGAAUGCGAGCACCAAAAACAACAAUUUCUAUCCCAUUAACCAAUAACAAAUAACCAGCAGCAGCAGCAGCAGUAACACAAGCGCUAACCCAUUUCCGCGUAGGUUGUUGCAAGAGAGCUUGAAAAUGGAAGCCACCCCGAAGGUGCAUCGUCAUCGUCACCGACGUUCGGAUUCGCGUCAUCAACGGCACGAGCGUCAGAACAAUAAUAGCAGUAACAGCAACAGCAACGGCAACAGUAAUAGCAAUGGCCAGCAGCUUAGGCGGAGCAAUGAUAUUAUAACAACAACAGCGACAACCACAACAGUAACAACGACGCCAACACUAGCAGCGGAUGCGGCAGCGACAACUCCACACGCGCAAUUGAAUCAGCUGCAACAGACGCGAACACAACAGCAAACAACGCAUUCAAACGCAAUUGAAUCACCAGUGCGUGAGCGUCGUAGUCAGGCGCGGACAGCCAGAGCUCAGACUAGUGCACUGGGAAUCGCCGGGAGCACCGCCACCGCCACGGCCGUUACCACUGUAGCUGCUCCACAAGCAUCAACAACAAUUGAAAUUCCCACAGCACUUACACAUCUUGCGGAUGAGGAGGUCGCCGAGGACGGCACACACGGCGACUCAGAAGAUGUCUGCUCUAUUGUGAGUGUAACUACCGUGCAUGAGCGACGUAGACUUUCCACAGAAGACACACUUGAUCCAUUGGGCACAACCUCAUUGAGUUUGUCGACCACAUCUCAGCAAACGGUUUUGUUGGUAAAUGGUCAUUCUCCGCCACCGCAGGAGGACGACGACGACGAAGUUGCGCACCAACAGGAGCAAGUUACCAAAGAGAACACCUUCACGCCAACCAUGACAGCCUGUGGUACACGCAGAGAUAUUGGCAGCACUGCGGUGAAGGAAGAUGGUCCCACACAAAUUGAGUCGCCUACAGCACCUAAUCCUAAUGGCGGCACUGGCGGUGGUGGUGGUGGUGGUAGCAGUCGUAACUCAUCUGGCGAUGCACUUAGCUUACGUGAAACGUUACAGCAGCUACCGCCUACGGUUACACACGGACAUCGUCAUCGACGUACACAUUCGCCACAAUCACCGGCGAGGCGCACUCAAGAAGUGGACGCUUCGUUUCAUCGCGGCAUCUUGGGUUUCAUGGAUCGUGAACUGAAGCACAGUUCGCCGACGCCGUCAGCGUUGAGUGUGGGCAGUGGUAGUGCAGCGAGUGGAGGUGGUGGUGGUGUUAGCAGUGGCGCCGGUGGUAGCGGUACAGUGCGUAAGCUGCAGUCACUAUCGGAUCCGCAGGCGAGCCCCGCCCAACGUUCGGUACGUUCGCGCAGCAGUCUGGAGAAGAGUCCGCGACGCAAACGUAGCAAAUCGGAAUCGCGUAGGCGGCGCGAACGCAAACUAAUUGCUGCUGGUGAAAUGGAAGUGCGACAGGCGAACGAAACUUUGAUGCGAUAUUUGAAGCAGUGUUCAGAAAUGAAUGACGCUUCGUUGUCAGGCGAGCUGGAAAUCGAUCAGAAUUACGAUGAACGACGGGUGCAUCGGAAAACGAAAUCGCAACGGGAUAAGCGUGGGCAUUUAAUAAGCAAACUUUACUCAGCAGGCGGUCUCUCUUCUAUAUUGCGGGAGCUUUCCGAUGACAUUGUACCCGCAGAUGGUGAGGAAAUCUACAAUCCAUUCACACCGGUUGUCUCCCCCACCGAGGAUACGCCCGCACACAUUGACAAAAUGUUCCUGCAGACGUCAUCGGGAUAUCGACCAGUUGAGCACUGCUACUAUAAACAUUCGUUUGUCGGUGUAGGUAGUAUGGGAGGCGUUAGCGGUGGCGGAGGUGGCAAUGGUGUUGGUGGUGGUGUAGGUGGUGCAGGUGGCGCCGGUGGCAGUGGGCGUUAUGGCGGUGCACAUCGCUUGUCUGCCGCAGGCGGCAGUUUGGCUGGUGGUUUGGAACAUGCGGGCGUGUUGCGGGCGAGUGGCAGUUUCGGCGAUACGCGUUGUCUAUUGGAUGCCGAGUGUGGAAGGCAUCAUCGUGAGAUCACGUCGAACAUACAAUUGGCCUGCGUCAUUCAACGAAUUUGGAUACUCAUCUCGAAUAUCUGUCACGGUUUGCUAGCUGGUCUAGCUUUGGCCCAUUUGCUAUUCGUAUUAAGCAGUCAUCCGAUGGAUUGGUCGCGGGUACUUAGUCUUGCUGGCGAGACUGUAUCCAAGGGGCAGGGUGCGGAGGUAGCAGGAGCAACAGUGACAGCGACAACAGUAGCUGCGUCAGCGGUGAACGGUGGUGGCGGCGAUGUCGGCGGUGUGGAUGUCGAUGGUAAACCUACGCUAAGUGGCACGCAGCAAACAUUUAGCUUCGUGGAGGAUUAUGCUUCAUUUGCUGAGAUCUAUCUGAAUACAUUCUAUUGUUUGGCGAUUGUCUGCAUGGUGUCGGUAUUUGAUCGCAUGGAUAUUUGCCGUUGGGAUUUCAGCAAUGCCACCGAGUUAGUCUCAUUUCGUUGGUUAAUCAUUGCAAUGAUUUAUAUAGCGACAAUAAUAUUAACGAUCUGCUCCGAUUCAAUUGACGAACGACUCUAUUACAGCAACAAUGCGAAUGUGACGCUAACGCAAGAGGAAAUGUAUAGCAACAGCGUAUUGAGCGUAUGGAGUAGUUUGUCGGUGACGCGCAGCAUUGGCGCCAUCUGUGGUUGGAUAAUGAUCGGUUUGACGCCACAUGAGGAUCUACUCUACGAACAUUUGCUGGAUCUAACCAAAUACCAAAUGACAAAUAACUGAAUGUUGAGUGAUGAGUGAUGAUGGCAAAGAGCGGAGAGAAGGUGUGAUCAAAACGAAAGGCAAUACUAAAAACUAGCUAAGUGGAAAAUAUUCUAUUAUAUUAUAUAAAAAAAUUGUACAGUUAGGUUAAAGAAAGUAAUAAAAUUAUUUAGGCAAAACCGAAAGAGCAAAAUAAAUGCCCGAAAAGCAAAAACAAAUGUGAAAUGUGAACAUGUGAAAAGUCUUCUAAAAGGAAACAAGUACUUGAGAGUAAAUAUAAAAUGAAACUUAAGCAUAAACAAUAUAUAUAUAAAUUAUAGUAUGAUUAAGCUUGAUUUUUUGUUUCUGGCAAAAUCGUAAAACAAAAUUGUUAUUAACUUAGAGUACUAAGAAGUUUUGUUGUACACUGCAAGAACUGCUACAAAAAACAUUAAAUGUAAUGCUUGAAAAAUGUACUUUUCAUUUUCUUUUCUUACAGCAACAAAUAUUUUUUAUGAAAUUAAAUUGUGUGUAACCUUGCAAAUAACAACACAAAAAAAAUAGAAAAACACAAACAACAUAUAUAUGCAAUUAAAGCUUUAAAAUAUGAUAUAGAUUUAUGUGAAAAUUAUUAUGCCAUUAUAAUCGAAAUGGAAAAAAUUGUGAAAUUAUACUUAGAACCAUGUAAGCCCUUCAAAGGCCGCUAGAAUCAACCGAAACCAAAAAAUGACCCAAACACAAAAUUUAAAAAAUUAAAUAAAAUAUAAAAACAAAAACCAAAACUAUAAGCAUAAUUUAGAAGAUAGGUUUA